CACUUUAUACACUCAUAUAUAUAAUCAAAGGGACCUCCAAAGAAAAAAGAAAACAUGAUCAGUUAAGAAGUAAAGAUAAUGAGGGAAGAAGGCUCAAUGACAACUAGAAACAGUCUCCUCAAAACCUUGUCUUCUUACAAUUCCAAUGUUCUCUUAGCUGCUCUCCUCUUCCUCCUCUUAGUCGUCCUCUUCGUCUUGCUUCUCCAUUUCUACGCCCGCUUUUACUGGUCAAACUCCGACCACGAAUUCUUCGCCGCUCGACGCCGGCUGAGAAGGAGACGAAUCCGAAGAAGAACAGUCACAACGACGAGAAUCAUACCUCCUCUCCCACUAAGAGGUGUCGUCGACGACGCUGAAGCUUCUGUUGCUACGACAAGCGAUGACAAAGGUUUGGACCCUUCGGUCAUUUCUUCGAUUCCUCUGUUUGUUUUCGAAGACGACGAGAAAGAAGAGGAGGAGGAGGAGGAGUGUGUGAUAUGUCUUGGUUUGUGGGAAGCGGGAGAUUUCGGGAGGAAGUUGAGAUUUUGCGGACAUGGGUUUCACGUUGAGUGUAUAGACAUGUGGUUGUCUUCUCAUUCUUCUUGUCCGCUCUGUCGAUCCCCUGUUCUCGCCGCCGUCUCCGAUCGAGAAAAUCUCAAGCCGGACAUUAACGACGACGUUGAUGUCGUGGAGGGAGAAGAAGAAGAGGCAGAAGAAGAUGAGAACGUCGUCGCCGGUGAUCGGAGAAUUUCACUGUCUCUUGAUGUGACGGAAGAUAAUGCAAAAACAGGGGUUGACGACGACGGCGUUGGCGUCGGAGAAGGAGAGGUUAGAAUUGAAGUGUUAGAUGAGGACGGAGGAUCAAGAGGUUAUCGGAGAUCGACGUCUUCAGCAUCGAGUUCGUUGAUGAGGAUGCUGAGUAGUAGAACUAGAUCGGAGGGUAGCAAAGUGUUUCCGUCGUCGGCGACGCAAGAUUCGUCUCAGUAAACAAUAAAUACAUAAAAAAUCAUGUGUACAACUUUGGAAAUAGAAAAAAAAAUGAAUAGCCUAAAAGCCACGUGCGGUAAAAAAAGAGAAAGAUAUGUAAUUACAAAAGUGGUAAUUUAUUUUUGAUCAAGUUUUGGUUGAAUCUGA